CGUCUCCUGAACCUGCAUUCACUAUAUCUGGUCUCCCAGGACCCUGCAUUCACUAUAUCUGAUCUCUCCGGACCCUGCAUUCACUAUAUCUGGUCUCCCCAGACCCUGCAUUCACUAUAUCUGGUCUCCCCGGACCCUGCAUUCACUAUAUCUGGUCUCUCAGGACCCUGCAUUCACUAUAUCCGGUCUCCCCGGACCCUGCAUUCACUAUAUCCGAUCUCCCCAGACCCUGCAUUCACUAUAUCCGAUCUCCCCGGACCCUGCAUUCACUAUAUCUGUUCUCCCCGGACCCUGCAUUCACUAUAUCCGGUGUCCCCGAACUCUGCAUUCACUAUAUACGAUCUCCCCAGACUCUGCAUUCACUAUAUCUGUUCUCCCCAGACCCUGCAUUCACUAUAUCCGGUCUCCCAGGACCCUGCAUUCACUAUAUCUGGUCUCCCCGGACCCUGCAUUCACUAU